AUGGGCAAUUGCGUCAGCUGUUUCCGCGGCGACGGAGAGGCUCGUGCAGUGAAAGCGACAGGUGCCGCUUUCGCACAACAGACGGACGGCGCGCCCCAACUGUCGUAUUCACCGUCCUCCGUUGCGGACCACCGCGCAUACCAAUCCGCGCCGCUCCUCCGCCCGCGGAGCCUCCACCCUUCCGAAGUGGUUCCGGUCGACCCUUCCCCCUCCCCGCCGCCGGCGCCUCAGGCGGAAGAACUACCGCGCGCCCCAGCCGCCUCAUCCGGAGAGUCCCGCAGCCCUUACGACGACUCAUCGAGCUCCGCCGCAGCCAAUCACGACCCUUCGAGUUCCGCCGCAGCAGCAGCCGCGGCCUAUUACGACCCUUUGAAUUCCGCAGCCUACUAUAACUCGAGCUUCGACCCCCAAGCCUACCGCGCCGCGUCGGACUCGUCAAGCUUUUCCGCCGCGCCCCCCGCGCAACAGCCGCCGCCGCCGGCGGCGCCGCUUCUCCCCGCCAGUUCCUCCGCCGAGUCCUCUCUCCCCGCGCAGAUUUCCGCCAUGGGCUCUGCCCGCGACUCCGCCUCCGCGCGGACGUCCGCCGGCCUCCCUCCGCUCCGCGAGUUCAGCUACGCGGAGCUGCGCGCGGCGACGGGGGGGUUUUCAGACUUAUUGGGGGAAGGGGGGUUCGGACAGGCUGAGGUGGAAGCCAUGUCAGCACUGAAUCACCCCAACAUUCUGAGGCUCGAAGGCGUGGCUAUGGACAUGGAGCAAAGGCCAAUUCUCGUGUAUGAGCUCAUCCCUGGAGGCAAUGUCAAGAAUCUUCUAGCACGAGUUGGUGGCUUGGGGGAGGGAGGGGAGAAUGUCACAAUAAGCGGAUCUGGUGUAUGA